AUGGACCAGCACACGUUCAGGUCCAUCAAGCGCACAAAGGACAUGUUUGUGUCAGACUACGCAAAGCGGCCGUCAGACGGCGACCUCAGCCGUCCGGCCAAGCUGGCAUGCAAGAAGAUGGAUGAGUACGCAUCGGUGAUGCACCUGCCACCACCAGCGGCCUUGAAGAAGAAAGCAAAGGGUGCAGCAUCUGGCCCGGGCCCUGCAAGACCCUCCAUCAAACCUACAGAUGUUCUUGAAGGCAAGAAGACGGGCAAGGAACCCAGCUCGGCACUCGCCCUCGUGUCUGAUACACAGAAGAAGCAGCCCAUGACAAAGGAGCUUGUGCUGAGACAAAGGGCGCCGACAAUGCCAAAGCCCCAGUGGCAUCCGCACUGGAAGCUCUUCCGUGUCAUCAGCGGUCACACCGGCUGGGUUCGCUGCUUGGCCGUCGAGCCAAAGAACCAGUGGUUUGUCUCAGGGUCUGCUGACCGCACCAUCAAGAUCUGGGACCUUGCAUCGGGGACCCUGAAGCUGACGCUGACGGGCCACAUUAGCACAGUCCGCGGUCUUGAGGUCAGCCCGCGUCACCCGUACCUGUUCUCCGUUGGCGAAGACAAGAUGGUGCGGUGCUGGGACCUGGAGCAGAACAAGGUCAUUCGCCACUACCACGGACACCUCAGCGGCGUGUAUGCGCUGAAAUUGCAUCCAACGCUGGACGUCCUCUUCACAGGCGGUCGCGACUCAACAGUGCGGUUGUGGGAUAUGCGAACAAAGGCGCAGAUCCACUGCCUGUCCGGGCACACCAACACGGUCGCCUCCCUUGAGACAGAGCCCGUCGACCCGCAAGUCAUCUCAGGGUCACACGAUUCGACGAUUCGGCUGUGGGACAUUCGUGCUGGCCGCUGCAUGGCGCAGCUCACAAACCACAAGAAGAGCGUCCGCGCACUCGCAAAACACCCAAAAGAGUUUACGUUUGUGUCAGGCGCGUCGGACAACAUCAAGCAGUGGUAUCUGCCCAAGGGCGAGUUCAUCCAGAACCUUGGCGGGCACACGGCGAUCAUCAACUCCCUGGCCGUCAACCCGAGCGGAGUGAUGGUGUCGGGUGCAGACAACGGCAGCCUCAGCUUCUGGGACUACCGCACAGGAUACCGCUUCCAGGACAUUGAGACGCCGCCCCAGCCAGGCUCGCUGGACAGCGAGAGUGGCAUCUUUGGUCUUGCCUUUGACAAGAGUUACAGCCGCCUUCUCACAGCAGAGGCCGACAAGACAAUCAAAAUCUACAAGGAGGACCCAGACUCCACGGAAGAGACACAUCCCCUCGACUGGAAGCCGAACGUGAUUCGCAAGUCGCGGUUUUAG